AUGAAGCUCAUCCGGGUUCUAGUUCUCAUUUUAUGCAUUGCUUCAAUACUCCGACUUCUCAAACUCACGAUAAUAACAUCAUCCCAAUCUCUGCCUCCAGCUGGAUCACCUCUUAUUCGUCAGCAAAAAUGUUCGUCGUCUUCUUCAAUGUGCAGGAAUGAUAUUUCGCCUGAAAAUGCAAAUCCCAGUAUUCUUACUGAAAAGGAAAACCGAUUUCUCUUGGAUCUUGUUUCUAGGAGAAUUCCCUGCAAACUUCUUGUUUUUGGGCUUGAACCCCAAUACUUGAGCCUUGCCUCCGUGAAUGCUGGUGGAUUCACCGUCUUCAUUGUAGACAAUCCCGAGAAAAUAAUUACUGUGAAAGCUACAAACAAGACUCAAGUCUACAAAGUCGAGUACCAGACUAUUGCUGCUGAAGCAUACAAGCUGCUAAAGCACGCCAGAGAAAAUCCAGAUUGUUCACUUAGGCUCCAUCUGCCCAAAUUAUCAAGGUGUAAACUAGCAUUAAAAAAUCUCCCGCACGAAGUUUUCAAUACAAAGUGGGAUGUGGUGGUGGUGGACGGACCACGUGGGGACACACCAGAUUCUCCGGGGAGAAUGGCAGCCAUCUACACUGCUAGUAUACUAGCACGAAAAGGAAAUGUUACGGACAUUUUAGUACAUGAUGUAGAUAGAAUGAUUGAGAAGUGGUUCUCAUCGGAAUUCUUGUGUGAGAAGAACUUGGUUUCUUCAAAAGGAAGAUUCUGGAAUUUUAGAAUAUUCAGGGAACCUAAUGCCACUACAUUUUGCACAAUAUAA